CAAUUAGGUAUAGCCUCUUUUUAUUUUUCCUUUUUCUCAUUAAUCUAAAAGACGCUGAUCCGGAUCGAUUAGCUUCGUCUGUCAUAGCUGAGUUAGCAAGGAAGAAGCAUUUUAGAUGAACAUGUUAACCAGAAACUGAAGCGUUUCUUGUUUUAUUACUGUAUAUCUUCGUGAAUUCACCGCCUCUGUGCCCGUCUGGAGUCAUGCUGCCGCUGAAGGACAAAGAUAAACCCAUUGUACAGAAGCUGCUGGCGGCCGGCUGCUGCGCUCGCUGCAUCCUCAGGUUCUGCUGCGUCAGCGUCCAGGCUGCGUACAGACAACCCCAACAGGAUACACUCCAAGAUCUCCAAGCUUUCGUCAGCAGUACAGACAAUAGCAAAUCCCAAGAUUUAGCAGCAGAGUCCACAGAAGAAAACAACAAAUCCCAUAAUGCAGCAGCAUCAGAACCACCUGAAGAUCCACCUAGCAAAAGGGCAAAGCUGGAGCCUAGCGGGCCUGGUGCUCCGGCAGAGGAACACGCUGCUGCUGCUGCUGCUGCUGCUGUCACACUGACGGAGGAGGAGGAGGACGGUGUGUGUGUGGUGUGUUUGGGGAUCCUGCAAGAACUCUGUAGUACGACUCGGGCUGUAAAGAUAGCAGAGAGAGUGAAGGCAGAAAAGUACGAGUUUGACACGCUGGUGCUGUCUGUGUCUCUGCCUGCUCAGCUGUGUGUCCGCGAGCACUCCUGUUGGCUUCAUGUGAAGAAGGAACUCAGAGAGAAGAGCAUGGCGGUGGAUAAAGAUGAUGUCAUCCAGGUGAAGGAAGCCUUCAAGUGGGUCAUGCAGGGCCGAGUGGCCAAAGAGCUGAGCGGAGUCGCCGUGGUCACCAGGAGUUCGUUCGAGGUCGGAGUGGAGUUCACUCACCCAGAGACCGACUCCGACUGCCACUUCCUUGCAACAACGUGUGGCGACUGCUUCAAACCCACCAAGAACAAACAGUCGGUGUUCACCAGGAUGGCCGUGGUCAAAGCUCUGGAAAAGAUAUCUGAUGCCAAAUUCCUACAACAUUACCCGUGUCCACCGGCGCGGCCGAGCAGCAGCUGCAGCCCUCAGGACGUCCAGUGUCUCCAUGUGUCUGUCUUUGUGGCAGGGAGGUACAACAAGUUCUGCCGCAGUCUGCCUCAGACUCCCUGGGUGAUCGACGGCGAGCGGAGGAUGGAGUCGUCAGUGGAGGAGCUGAUCGCGGCGCCCGUCCUGUCCGCCUUCAGAGCCGAUGGAUUUAAUUUCUCCUCGUCUGGCCGGGAGGACGUGGACGUACGCACUCUGGGAAACGGUCGUCCGUUUGCGAUGGAGCUGCUGAAUCCUCACCGAUCCAGAUUCAGCAGAGUGGAGAUGAAGCAGCUACAGGAGGCCAUCAACAAGUCUUCAGAUAAGAUCAGAGUGAGAGACCUGCAGAUUGUUACCAGGGACGCCAUGAGCCGCAUGAAGGAAGGAGAGGAGGAGAAAACCAAGUCGUACACGGCGUUAGUCUGGACCCUCAAACCCAUUCAGAGCCAAGACAUCGCCUUCAUAGAUGACAUCAAGGACCUGACUCUGGACCAGAAGACCCCCCUGAGGGUCCUGCACCGGCGGGCGCUGGCCGUCCGUCAGCGAGUCGUCCACAGCAUGAACGUGCGCUUCCUGGACUCUCAUCACUUCUACCUGGGGCUGAAGACGCAGGCUGGGACUUAUAUCAAAGAGUUCGUCCACGGAGACUUCGGACGCACCAAACCCAACAUGUCGGAGCUGCUGAAGACUGACACAGACAUCCUGGAGCUCGACGUGGAGUCUGUGGACGUGGACUGGCCUCCGUCUAUACCAGAGUGAAGGUUCCUGAGAGGCCACAGGUUUGAUCUCUGUGAGACCGGACCGCUGAUUCUGCUGGGAGCGGGUCCUGCUGGAUCCAGAGACUGAAAGAACAGGAGCCCUCCAGUCACAGAGUCUGCCGGCUGCUUUGUCUGUUUAUGAUUUUCUGAUAGAAACUCAUGUGAUUUCUCUGUGUUUUCAGUUUAACCACAGAAACAGAAAAAUGUUCCAGGUGACUUUUAGUGAUGUUUUUCUGUUGUGAUUUAGUUUUCUCUGCAGCUGUGUGAACCUGAGUUUCUCAUUACACAACAGAUUUUUGUUUUGAUCGAACGGUGUCACCUCCAGUUUGUCAUUCAGAACUGUUUAUUCUCUGUACGGUGGCCUGUUUGAGACUUUAUUUGAGAUCUCAACACUUACACAAGUAAGUUCUUUAUGAGACCUAAGACAGAAAAUCUAACCAAUAUUUUAUAAACUGUU